AAACCCUGUGUGUUCGAAUUGAAACCCUGAGUAGAAUCAGUGUUCGUUAGAACCAAAAGCGCUUCUACUCCAUAAUCACUUAUCAACACACAAUGGCUUCCUCAAACAAUUCCAUAGCAGAAAACAAAAAAGCCAAAAAACCAGAAACCUCAACACCUACCAGCAAAAUCAAAAAGGAAAAAGACGUAGAAAAAUCCAGUGAGAAGAAGAAGAAGAACAACGAGGAGAUCAAAAGCAACAAGAGUAAGAAACUCAAGUUCGCCAAUGGAAAUUCCAAAGAAAAAGAAGAUAACGGAAUAAAACACGAGAACGACAUUGAAGAAGAAGAAGAAGCGAAAACGAACGUGUUUCCGAUGAGUCGAAUCAGGACGAUAAUCAAAGCGGAAAUCAGCGAUUUGCGUGUUACUCAGGAAGCUAUAUUGGCGAUUAACAAGGCUGCGGAGAAGUUUCUUGAACAAUUGGCUCUGGAAGCUUAUGCUUGUUGUGCUCAGGAUCGUAAGAAAUAUCUAAGUUACAAUCACCUAUCAAAUGUUGUUAGUAAGCAAAAAAGAUUCGACUUUCUGUCUGAUUUUGUUCCUGAGAAAGUGAAAGCUGAGGAUGCAUUAAGAGAGACAAUCUCAAGAGGGGAAAGAGGCGGUUAGGAAAUGUAAAGCAAAGAUAAUUGAUAAUCUAAUUCUGUACUUUUGUUUAAUCUGUUACAUUCUGGAAUGGAAAUAUGUAUGAUGGUGAGUAAUGCACUGUCUUGCAUUUCCAUCAUGUAUUUACCUUUUCUUUAAUGUCCCAUUCUCUUAUGGUUAGGUAUUUUUUUCCAGGGAUUAUGCAUACUCCAUGCCUGACAUUGCUUUAUCAGCAUGCCUGUAAUUUUUUGUUUUCAUCUUAAUUGUAUUGAAAAUUUGGUAACAUAUGAACUUGUAUCAGUAUGCCGCCCAAAUAUGAACUUGUAGUCAAGUAUAAAACACUAACAUUCUGCACUUAUGUUAAUCCCUGCUUCA